CAGAACUAGAAGAAGACGUGCUGCAGUGUUGCUGAUUGAUGAGCUGAGCUCUCCGACUCUACUAAUCAUCUUUCCAUUCAGAUAUUUCUCACAGGGUUUUACCUCCACACUUCCAUCUGCUCAAGCUCAAGAUUUGAGUGGUGUCCAGUGUUUCCCCUGCUGUCCGCUUUCCUACACAUCAUAAAUUUACCUCCACAAGAACAUCAAGAGGUCCAACUGGGAUGAAGUCAGAAGAGAUUAAAUGUGAGGGUCUGGAACCUACAGAGAGCUCCAGCAGUCACCAAAGCUCCUCUGGUUCUUUCCACACUAACUCUUCUCACAGACGUACGCGAAAAGGAAAUCACUACUGCUCACAGUGUGGGAAGAGCUUCAGUAAAAUAAGUUAUCUCAAACAACACCAGCGCAUUCACUCAGGAGAGAAGCCGUAUCAGUGCUCGCAGUGCGGGAAGCAUUUCAUUCAACAGAGUCAGCUCAAGCAACACCAGCGCAGUCACACCGGAGAGAAGCCGUACCACUGCUCGCAGUGUGGGAAGAGCUUCACUGCCCAUAGCAGUCUCCAGCGACACCAGCUCGUUCACUCCGGAGAGAAGCCGUAUCAGUGCUCGCAGUGUGAGAAGUGUUUUACACAAAAGAACAAUCUUCAGCAUCACCUGUUCAGCAUUCAUACAGGAGGCAAACCUUAUUGUUGCUCUGAAUGUGGAAAGAGUUUUAAUCGAGAGGAUUAUCUCCAAGUACACAAACGAAUUCACACCGGAGAGAAGCCGCAUCAGUGUUCCCACUGUGAGAAGAGGUUCAUUGGGAAAGGUGCUCUCAUAAAACACCAGCGCGUUCACUCCGGAGAGAAGCCGUAUCGCUGUUCUCAGUGCGCGAAGUGUUUUACACAGAGCAGUCAUCUUCAGCAGCACCUUCGCAUUCACACUGGAGAUAAACCGUAUCACUGCUCAGAGUGCGGGAAGAGUUUUAAUCGAGAGGACAAUCUCCAGUUACACCAACGCAUUCACACUGGAGAGAAGCCGUAUUACUGCUCAGAGUGCGGGAAGAGCUUUACUAGCCUGCGUAAUCUCCGAAACCACCAGCACAUUCACACACGAGAGAAGCCUUAGUAUUGCUCAGACUGUGGGAUGAGUUUUGUGGGAUGAGUUUUACAU